GCGUCCAGGCCGCCAGGGGGCGACAGACACCGCGCUGCUGGUUCUGUAAACAGAAGAAGCUCAACGCCACAACAACACGGCUAGCUAGUAGCGUUAGCUCGAAGAAGAGCGAACUUAUUUUUUUCUACUAAUUGGGAACAUAUCAACAGGUACGCUGGAAUUUUCUGACACCCACUCGGACAUGUCCUAUGUCUUCAUCAACGACUCGUCGCAGACCAACGUGCCCCUGCUGCAGGCCUGCAUCGAUGGAGACCUGCCUUUCGCCAAGCGGCUCCUGGAGACGGGCUGCGACCCCAACAUCCGCGACAACCGGGGCCGCACCGGCCUGCACCUAGCCGCCGCCCGGGGGAACGUGGACAUAUGCCGCCUGCUGCACAAGUUCGGGGCCGAUCUGUUGGCGACUGACUAUCAGGGAAAUACGGCGCUCCACCUGUGUGGCCACGUGGACACGAUACAGUUCCUGGUCUCCAACGGGCUGAAGAUCGAUAUCUGUAACCACAACGGCUCCACCCCUCUGGUGCUGGCGAAGAGACGCGGCGUCAACAAGGACGCCAUCCGUCUGCUGGAAGGACUGGAGGAGCAGGAGGUGAAGGGCUUCAACAGGGGACCUCACUCCAAGCUGGAGACCAUGCAGAUGGCCGACAGUGAGAGCGCGAUGGAGAGCCACUCCUUACUCAACCCCAACCUGCAGAGCAGCGAGGGCGUCCUGUCCAGCUUCCGCACCACCUGGCAGGAGUUUGUGGAGGACCUGGGCUUCUGGAGGGUGCUGCUGCUGCUGGUGGUCAUCGCCCUGCUCUCCCUGGGCAUCGCCUACUACGUCAGCGGGGUCCUGCCCUUCUCCACCAGCCAGCUGGAGCUGGUGCACUGAGGGCGGCGGCGGC